AUGUCGACAUCACUGGACGGUACCGUUUCUAUUCAGGCGUCCGCGGUGGCGGAACCCGGUACCUUAGUAGAGGUCUACCGGGGACGCGCACCUGGCGCUUAUGUGCCAGGCGAUCUAGUCGAACACGUAUGCCCACGGUUCGGAUGAGAACUUACCUGGAAGAGAGGGAGAAACCUGUUCGAAUAAGGAACAGCGUAAAGGUGGUGGAUGUGGCAAGCCACGUGGAUGGCAAGAGAUUCAAGUCACUAGUCCCGCGCAAGGACAGGUGAGUGAAUGUGUCUGUUCGAAAAUUGGUCUGGAGUUGGCAGGUGA